AUGGGUGGAGUUGCUCUAAGGCAAGGAGAUCCAAUCUCGCCUUAUCUCUUUUUGAUUGUAAGUGAUGUUCUUUCCUCAUUGAUACGAAGUGCUGUUUCUAAUGAGCUCUUGCAGGGUAUUAAGAUGGGUAAUAGGGCUCCCACUUUAUCCCACCUUAUGUUUGCGGAUGAUACAUUGAUUUUCCUAAAGGCCUCCACACAUAAUUGCAAAAAUUUGGUCAUGCUCCUCAACGCCUAUUGUUAUGCAUCCGGACAGCAGGUGAAUUUCUCCAAAUCCACCCUCUUUUUCAGUCCUCAUACUCCUAUGCAUUUGCGUGAGAGCUUGUGUAAUAUCUUUGGCAUGCCUGAGGUUGAGGAUCCUGGAAAUUACCUUGGCUUGCCAACCGUUUGGGGGAGGGCCAAGAAAAAUGCAUUAUCCUACAUAAAAGAUCGGAUUCUUUGCAAAGUUUAUGGGUGGAAGCAACAACUCCUCUCACAAGCUGGUCGAGAAGUCUUAAUAAAAGCUGUGGCACAGGCUGUCCCUACAUAUCCAAUGAAAAUCUUCUUGUUCCCCCUCACUUUUUGCAAGGAGAUUGAUUCAAUUCUUGCAAGAUUUUGGUGGGGUCAAACUGGUGACAGACGACGGGUUCACUGGAUGAGUUGGGAAUCUCUUGGUAAAUCAAAAAGGGAUGGCGGCUUGGGUUUCAGAAAUACUCAUGAGUUCAACCUAGCCCUGAUUGCAAAACAAUGUUGGAGAUUAGUACAUGAUCCUGAUUCUUUGUGGGCUCAAACUCUUAAAGCUAGAUAUUUUCCUAAUACUACUUUUCUUGAAGCAAAAAAAGGGGGACGUGCCUCUUGGGCUUGGGCAAGCUUAUUGCAAGGGAGAGAUUUGAUAAAGAACAAGGCUCUCUGGCAGGUUUCGAAUGGUGGUUCUGUUAAGAUUUGGGAAGAUAGAUGGAUACCAUCUACUCUCAACAUGCGUCUUACUCCAAGAACUAAUUCUCUGGCGGAUGCUAAUCAGCGGGUUCAACAUAUCAUCAACCCCCAAACAAACACUUGGGACCUAGGGCUGAUUCGGCACUUAAUCACUGACAAUGAAGCACAUGCUAUUCAAAAGAUUCGCCUUACUCCUUCUGGUGAAGAUGAUCGCUUGGUCUGGCCUAAAACAAAAACAGGGGAUUAUACAGUAAAAUCUGGGUAUCACACACUUCAUGAAACUUCUUGCAGAAGGCGACCUCGAAAUCCUUCUUCUUCUUUGUCCUGUGAUAAAGAUGUCUGGAAGCUAAUCUGGAAUUUAAUUGCUCCCCCACAAAUCAAAAAUUUUCUUUGGCGAGCCUUGAGGAACUGUCUUGCUACAAAGGCUAAUCUCUUCCGGAGGAAAAUUGGGACGUCUCCUUGUUGCCCCAUAUGUGGUGACGAAAGCGAAUCUGUUGAACAUUUGUUGCUUCUUUGUAACUGGGUAGAGCCUAUCUGGUUUGGCAGCUAUCUAAAUUUGCGAAUUGACAAAGGAACUAUCACCACUUUUGAUAAAUGGCUUUUAUCCCUCUCCUUGAGUUUGAAGGAAAAUUCGGGUGACAAGGACAACAUCAUGACUAGUGUUGGUUACAUGUGCUGGUACAUUUGGAAAAUGCGAUGCAAGAUGGCUAUCGAAUCUCACCCACUAUCACCAAUGGCGGUAAUCUACGAAUCUCAGGCCGCUUGUAGGAGCUACCUUAAUGCUCAAGCCUUGAAAAAUGCAACUCGCAGAUCCCCUGUUCUUAUGGCUCAACCCCCCCAAUUUUGGUCCCCUCCUGCUAAUGGUGUCGUAAAAAUUAAUGUGGAUGCUUCUUGGAAACCAGAGCUUCAUUUGGCAGGUAUUGGAGUGGUAUUACGUGAUUCUAGUGGAGCUUUUGCUGCUGGCCUUGCUUGCUCUGUUGAAGCAGAAUGUACCAUCGAAGCGGAGACUCUGGCUAUUAUGGAAGGGUGUAAUUUUGCCAUCCAACAAGGGCACACUAGAGUAGUCAUUGAAUCUGAUUCCAAGGAGGCCAUAUCUUGCCUAAAUCGUUCAAUCCCAAGAGGUAGGUGGCAGCUCUAUCCAAUCCUUCGUAGCAUCAGGAACUCUUGCUCUACCUUUCGGGAUUGUAACUGGUCAUGGGUCCCUAGGACCGUAAACUUGGCAGCAGAUCACUUAGCCAAGUUAGCUUUGUCGAGGAUGAGCCUUUCUAUUUGGGUCAACCGACCCCCAUCCUCUUUGAUUGGAAUCUUGGACAAAGAUGGUCUUCCUUGCCCCCCAAUUCACAGCACUUGA